AACUUGGGAAAAGCAGGAUCCCCAGGUGUCAUUGUUGACAGCCACAGACCCUGGGCGAAGUUAUAUAAGUUAUGCGUCUACCCAGAUGUGAUCUCCCUCCACGACCAUCUUCCACUAUUCUGAUCAGGUCAUUUCAUCUGCAGCCAUGUCUCGGCAAAACUCCAUCAGGCUCAGUGUGACUGACGAUGUCAAUCGCAUCGAAGCUCCCGUCACCUGGAAGGCGUAUCUUAUGUGCGCUUUUGCCUCGUUCGGAGGUAUUUUCUUCGGCUACGACAGUGGUUACAUCAACGGUGUCCUUGGAUCCGAACUAUUCGUUCACAAAGUCGAAGGCCCGACCGCCGAUGCUCUGAGCUCAUCACACCAAUCACUUGUUGUUUCGAUCCUGUCGGCAGGCACCUUCUUUGGUGCUCUCAUCGCUGGCGACAUGGCCGACAUGAUUGGAAGGAAAUGGACUGUGAUCUUCGGCUGCUUAAUCUACAUGAUCGGCGUUAUUAUCCAAAUGAUCACCGGUGCUGGUAAUGCUCUUGCCGCUAUCGUGACAGGCCGCCUGGUCGCUGGAAUUGGUGUGGGCUUCGAAAGCGCCAUUGUCAUCCUCUACAUGAGUGAGAUUUGUCCACGCAAGGUCCGAGGAGCUCUCGUCGCUGGCUAUCAGUUUUGCAUCACCAUCGGCAUCAUGCUUGCAUCAAUUGUUGUCUACGCGACUGAGGAUCGUACCGAUACUGGAGCUUACCGAAUUCCGAUAGCCAUCCAAUUCGCCUGGGCUUUGAUUCUCGCUGGCGGAUUGAUGACUCUGCCCGACUCGCCUAGAUAUUUUGUCAAAAGAGGCAGACUCGAACAAGCGACCAUUGCCUUGUCAAAGUUACGUGGGCAGCCGCGAGACUCUGAAUACGUUCAAGUCGAAUUGUCCGAGAUCGUGGCCAACGAGGAGUACGAACGUGCUAUCAUUCCGGAAGCUGGCUGGUUCUCGAGUUGGGCCAACUGUUUCAAGGGAAGUUUGUGGCAGUCCAAAUCGAACUUACGACGUACUAUUUUGGGCACUUCCUUGCAGAUGAUGCAACAAUGGACUGGUGUCAACUUCAUCUUUUACUACUCCACCCCUUUCCUACAGUCUACCGGAGCCAUCGACAACACGUUCCUCAUUUCGCUCAUCUUCACCCUGGUCAACGUCUGCUCCACACCAUUGUCAUUCUGGACUGUUGAGAGAUUCGGUCGCCGGACCAUCCUCUUCUGGGGAGCUCUCGGCAUGUUGAUAUGCCAAUUCCUUGUCGCCAUCAUUGGUGUGACCGUUGGCUUCAACCACACGCACCCCGAUCCCGCUAGUCCGGACCUCAGCUUGGCCGACAACAUCUCGGCCGUCAACGCACAGAUCGCAUUCAUCGCCAUCUUCAUCUUCUUCUUCGCAUCUACCUGGGGUCCUGGAGCUUGGAUCGUGAUUGGCGAGAUCUUCCCUCUGCCGAUUCGGUCCCGCGGCGUCGCCUUGUCGACCGCAUCGAAUUGGUUGUGGAACACGAUCAUCGCCGUCAUCACUCCGUAUAUGGUCGGCGAACAGCACGGCAAUCUCAAGUCUUCCGUCUUCUUCGUGUGGGGUGGUCUCUGUACCUGCGCAUUCGUCUACACCUACUUCCUCGUCCCGGAGACAAAGGGUCUUACUCUUGAGCAAGUCGACAAGAUGUUUGAGGAAACCACGCCGCGCACUUCUGCCAAGUGGAAGCCCAGCAAAACAUUUGCUCACAGCGUAGCAAGGGACGGUGUUCUGGAGAAGGAUUUCAUCGACAAGGUCGAGAGACGGGGUUCAGCCUAUUAAGUCGGUUCUGACCGGGCAUACAACCACUGAGUGAACUCGUCCGAGACACUCGACUAAUGCGAUGCCCUUCCGACGUGAAUGGGUCACAGCACCAUCAGUGGCGGAAGUAGUUGUUUGAUGCGAAACCGGAGAGAACGUG